AUGCAGGAAGAACACCUCAGCAAAAACGGAAGUGAGGAGGAGGAAGCGCACGACCCAUCGCAUCCUCCAACGGAAAUAUCCGAGCAGCCGGGGGAUCAGUACGAUGACAACCCCCUCGACGACGACAACGAGAUUGCUGCGCCGCGAGAGCAGUUGGCUAACAUCUUAUCUAGUGAACAAAUAGAGAGCUGGAGGGACACGCAGGCUCUUGCGUAUCAACUCCUCCUCCAAUCACUGCACUCGGCAAACCAGUCCCACGAAGACCUGCCUCCUGACAUCGACGCUGCAAUCUUCGACAGGAUUAGCUCGCAGUUCCUCCAAAACAUCCUGGCCUCCUUCAAUCCUGCCCCCGAGCAACCAACACAGCUUCCGCUUGAGCCGAAGAAAGUCCGUGACAUCAGAGUCCUGGUCACUAUCGGAGAAAAUGUUUACAGAGCUCUUACUACCUUCCCGGGGGACUUGUUGUUGUGGGAACUUCUGGGUCCGAAGUGGCAGACACGCUACGCCUUGGAUUUCUAUGUUCAUGCAAUCAUAUCCUACGCUGGAGAUGAUCUUUACCGCGCCAUUGGGGGCAUGCUCAUCUUCCCACUGGUGACUACGCUAGGAGGAUUGAACGCCAUCCACUUCCUCCUUGGCUUGCGUCAAGCAACGUCUAUCACAUGGCCUGAUGCCUCUUCCACAAAGAUCCCGCUGGCAAAGCUUGUCGAGGAGUAUACGCUUGACCUCGAGUUGGAACACUGGCUGAAGUAUCUGACCGCCUCCCCGUUCAUCCUGGUGACGUUGUUCCUUCGAGCUAUUUACGAAACCAUUCGCUGGAUCUUCCCCAGCAUUUGGCUCAGACUGCCCGCGGUUUCCGCAUUGACUGCUGGAGUUUGUUACCAUCGAAUGUACAACUGCCAGUCUACUAUAGCCCAGAGUGUUGCGCACUGGCCUAGACCCGUUAUUCGAGAGGUACGACGGUUUAUGGUUUUCAUUCUUGAUCUAGAAGCCUCAGUCCGAACGCGUGCUGUCCGCCUGGUGUGUAAAUUCAAGACUCGGGGCCUCGAACAAUACACUUACACGCCUCUUGACGCCAAAAACGCCGAGUUUAGGCUGUUGCGGCUGGAACCGAUCUCUGGCGACAACCUCGUUCGCUGUUGGCUGGUGAGCGUACCGCUAGGAGAGCACCGCAGCAAGGAAGCAUACGAGGCAAUCUCAUACCGGUGGGGAAAUGAAGGACGAAACUUUCCCAUUGUCAUUGACGGCAAGCGUUUCUUGGUCACGAGAACCGUCUUUGAGCUUCUCCACGCCCUGCAGACCAAGGACAGGGGUAGGUAUGUCUGGAUCGAUGCCAUCUGCAUUAACCAGGGUCAUGAACACGCGUCAGCCGACAAGCCUGCCUCCGUUGAAGACCUGGAUGAAAAGUCCAACCAAGUUGCGUUGAUGGGGACCAUCUACCGUAAUGCGAGCCGAGUCAUCGCCUGGGUUGGGGGUACGGCCAAUGGACGAGGUGCCCUCUCUUUCAUCAACAAGACCGCCUGUCGAGACCCAGAAGCCAUGGACAACUUCGAAUAUGAGAGAAUCACGGUAGAACUAUGGCCGUGGACGAUCCUUACCACUUGGCUGAGAGUUAUUGAGCUAUUUAAGCAGCCAUACUUUCGCCGCAUGUGGAUGUUGCAGGAAGUAGCCCUGGGGAGAAAGGUCGUGGUAAAGCAUGGAGCUGAGGAAGCCGACUGGGAUGAUAUCUCUCCCCUCGUGAACUUCAUGAUGGGGAGCGAUGGUGAGCCAUUCCUUCACGAACCUGGGUUCUUGACCGUUUGGUACAAUUUUCCGACCACCCUCCUUGGCGUCAAAGGAGCCCAUGUAAUGAGCUUGGUCCGAAACCAAGUCGCCGGGUGGAACGCCGAAGGAAAUCCCCGGUCCGAGCCCGUCAGCCAGGAGUGGGAUCAAGACCGUGUCCGUCGUCUCCCACUGGAUACUUUGCUUGGCCUGACAACGGACCUCUCGGCUUCGAAUAUCAAGGACAAGAUCUAUGCCGUCCUUGGCCUGACGCAGCAAGAAACCCGCCAGCAUAUCAAUAUCGAGUACGACGACACGAUUCUGCCUGCUGGAGAUUUAUUGCGCGACAGUGCCAAGCACAUCUUGAUUGGUCGCCAUGAGCCUGCCGAACGAUUGGGUCUCGCCGGCUGGGGCUUCGAGCUAUCUGGGCUUGACGUUGAUGAUGACCAUAUCUGGGCGGCUUCGCCCUGGUCGUUCAUUGUGCUAUGGAUGAGGCGGGUGCUGUGGUGGAAAGCGCCUGCAUCACUGCCGAGUCUCCCAUCGUGGGUGCCUCACUGGACACUGACCAGGUUUCAACUGCCUGCUAUGGAACCUAAUGGAUACAGUGCUGGUGCGCAUGGCACAAAACUCUUUGAGGAGAUCCCGGGUCGACCCAACUGCAUACGAGCCUCAUUAUCUAUCGUGGACGAAAUCGAAUUGCUGGGAAAGCCCUUUUUGACGGUAGUAGAGUUGCUGCAACGCCCAACAACCUUUUUAAACGACAUACGUGCCUUCGUUCUAGAGGCAAAGAGCUUCGCAGCUCAGCUCCAGAGGGAUGCGCUCGCGCGCGAAGAACCGAUCUCUGAGGAUGAAUUGGUAGAGGCGCUGUACCGGACGAUAUUUUGCGAUUAUGCCACGGGGUCCUUGCCCCCGAUGGACACGUCCGUUCUUUUCCAACACGUGUCUACUUGUGAGGUUCUCCUCGCGGCGAAGGGAUACCCAAGACAGGCGGACGGCAAGGCUCAUGAGAAGCUCGGUUUCGAGCUCGGCCGGUCAAUUGGGGGUAAGAGCUUCUGCGUCACGAAGGGCGGGAGAUUCGGGAUCGUUCCUCCAAGGAGUCGGGUUGGCGAUAGCAUUGUGAUGGCAUGGGGCACCCCUUUGCCGUUGGUUAUGCGAUCGGCGUUGCGACAUCAAGAGCUGCUGUUGAGAGAGCCUGGGAAACAAGCACCGAUAGUUGGGCCUUUGGAAGGAGAUGAGCAUGUGUUGAUGGGGGGCUGCUAUGUGCAUGGAGUGAUGCUGGGUGAGCUGCGGCCCACGGAAUAUCCGCCAGAAAUGGUGGUUCUGAGAUGA